AUGAGUUUUCCGCGAGGUUCCCACGAUCGGCCAGUGAGCAACUCCAGCCCGUGGUGGCUUCUGAGCGCUGAGGAUGCCAACAGCAGCCGGGAGGCAGCGGGGCACGGGGAAGGCAGCGACCCUCUAGGGGAUGUACGUAACGAGGAGCUGGCCAAGCUGGAGAUCGCCGUGCUGGCAGUGAUUUUCGUGGUGGCCUUGCUGGGCAAUAGCAGCGUGCUGCUGGCGCUGCAUCGCACGCCACGCAAGACUUCCCGCAUGCACCUCUUCAUCCGACACCUUAGCCUGGCCGACCUGGCGGUCGCCUUCUUCCAAGUGUUGCCACAGCUGUGCUGGGACAUCACCUACCGCUUCCGCGGGCCCGACUGGCUGUGCCGCGUGGUGAAGCACCUGCAGGUGUUUGCCAUGUUCGCGUCCGCCUACAUGCUGGUGGUCAUGACGGCUGACCGCUACAUUGCAGUGUGCCACCCGCUCAAGACCCUGCAGCAGCCCGCGCGCCGCUCGCGCCUCAUGAUCGCCGCCUCUUGGGUAUUGAGCUUCGUACUGAGCACGCCGCAGUACUUCAUCUUCUCUAUGAUCGAAAUCGAGGUGAACAACGGCACCAAAACCCAAGACUGCUGGGCUACCUUUAUCCAGCCCUGGGGUACCCGCGCCUACGUGACCUGGAUGACCAGUGGUGUCUUCGUGGUACCUGUGGUUAUCUUGGGUACCUGCUAUGGUUUCAUCUGCUACCACAUCUGGCGAAACGUCCGUGGGAAGACGGCGUCGCGGCAGAGCAGGGGCAGCAAGGGCUCUGGGGAAGCCAUGGCUCCCUUCCACAAGGGGCUUCUGGUCACGCCUUGUGUUAGCAGCGUGAAGACCAUUUCCCGUGCCAAGAUCCGCACGGUAAAGAUGACCUUUGUGAUCGUGACUGCCUACAUUCUCUGCUGGGCGCCUUUCUUCAUCGUCCAGAUGUGGUCAGUCUGGGAUGACAAUUUCAUCUGGACCGAUUCAGAGAACCCUUCCAUCACCAUCACAGCACUACUGGCCUCAUUGAACAGCUGCUGCAACCCAUGGAUAUACAUGUUUUUUAGUGGCCAUCUCCUGCAAGACUGUGUCCAAAGUUUUCCAUGCUGCCAACACGUUGUGCAAAAACUUGCCAAGGAUGACUCGGACAGCAUGAGCAGAGGACAGACUUCUCACUCUAACAACCGAAGCCCAACAAACAGCACAGGGACAUGGAAGGACUCGCCUAAAUCUUCCAGGUCCAUUAGAUUCAUCCCUGUCUCCACCUGA